GUUGGUUCGCAAUUUACUUCUAGCGUGAGUCUCUUUUUGUUUGAAUUAUCAAAUCGAUUGGGGUUUUCUAGUCUGGUCUCUUCAUCAGGACCUUCAGUUACUGGCAUGGGUACCACGGCCUUGGAUUCCGUCAAGGACAUAACCUCGGGAGCCGCAGGAGGUGUAGCACAGGUUUUGAUAGGCCAACCUUUUGACCUCGUAAAAGUGCGCCUUCAGACCCAAGGCGGAGGAAGUAAUGCUCUAGGUCUAGUCCGUAGCAUUUGGGCCAAAGAAGGGCCCUUGGCCUUUUACAAGGGUACUCUUGCUCCGUUACUAGGUGUUGGCGCUUGUGUCAGUAUUCAAUUCGGCGCUUUCCAAUUCUUCCGCCGCCGACUCGAAGAGUUUCGCGGGAUAAGUCCUGCCGACUCGAAAGCAAGUAGCAAAUCACUCUCCCUAUCUGAUUUCUACCUCAUCGGAGGAGCCGCCGGCCUGACCAACAGCAUCAUCUCCGGACCGAUCGAACACGUCCGCAUCAGGCUCCAGACACAACCCAGCGGCGCUGCGCGCCUGUACUCUGGCCCCUGGGACUGCGUGCGCAAGAUCGCCCAGCACUCCGGCAUCAAGGGCCUGUACCGCGGGCAGAACGUCACACUUCUCAGGGAGUUCCACGGGUACGGCAUCUGGUUUGCCGCGUAUGAGGGGUUCCUGAGCAUGGCGAUGGCGCGGGAAGGCAUCGAGUAUAGACAAGAUCUAGCUAGCUGGAAGAUUGCGGUUUGUGGAGGCCUUGCGGGCGAGGCGCUGUGGCUUGGGAGUCACCCGCUUGACGUGAUUAAGAGUAAAAUGCAGAGUGAUGGGUUUGGAGGAGAGCAGAAGUACUUGACUAUGAGAGACGCUUUCCGUCAGACUUGGAGAGAAGGUCGGUUUCGAGGACUGUUUCGAGGACUUGUUCCGGCGCUGUUGAGGGCGAUGCCCGUUUCUGCUGGGACUUUCGCAACGGCCGAACUUGUAAGGGGGGCUCUCGGUUGAGACUUCCCAACCUAGACAUGAUCCAUGAGACGAAGAAACAUCAAGUUCACAGAUAAUAGAUUGCGACUUUUGU